GUGGAAAAACAAAGAUGGUAGACCCAAACUCGAACCAAGAGAAAUUUUACUAUGUUUACAGCAGUGAUUUGGAUACAAAUCUCGAGCUUAAAGUGUAAGUCAGAAUAAUGCAAACGCUUCAAUUCGGUAUAUAUCGAAAUGAUUGGAAGAUCGUGGAAAUAUCAGCGAUUUUUUCAUCCACUGAGAGACAGUGUGACAUCAGCUGGUUUGUACAACUCUCUCAGCUGAAUGUCUGUCACACAUCAAUGCCUGGGAUCACUGCACACUGAGUUGCUCUAUAAGAUUUUACUUAAAUGGAAGUGACUAUUUGAAAUACGAUAGUUUCUUAUAAUCAAGAAGUGUUUGGAUUUUUAAAAUAUCUCGCUAUGUGCAACAAAAUACAAACGAAAAUACAAAUUCACAGGAAAUUUUUGAAAAAAGCGUGCAAUGUGUUCUUUUUAAACCUCUCAUCAACAAGCAUGGUUUAUUACUUCCAUUAAUGAUAUUAGAUAUUGCAAUUAUAUUUUUUUCAGCGUGCAAUCCAGAAAAAUACCUAUGAUGUUUUGGAAAAUAGGCUUUCCUUUAUUAUUUAUUAUUAUUAUUUUUACAUUUUUAAUAAAAAUUUAGAAUGCAGUGACCAACCUAGUAACAAUACAUAACUUAUGAUAAGGCACUAUAUUACUCACAAUAAACAAAAAUAAGAUAUAUAUUCAUACAAUGCAUUGAACUGAAUUCAGUGAUCAAUACAAUGCAAAGGUUUGCUUUAGGACAAAUAUGUCUAAACAUUGAAUGAGAAUUUACACCAUACUUCAACUCAAAUAUAAUAUAAGAAGGUUUCUUGAAUUUGAUUACUGAGUGUUCUACUUCAAAGUGGUUCUUAGUGCUAAAAGUAAUUUUGCAGAUGGUGAUUUUAAGGGACAUAAUGGUUCAAAAUUUACCUUUUAGAUGUACCUUAGAAGGAAAGAGAGAACGUAAAGGGUACAAAGAACUUUUAGAUGAUCCACAACUGAGAUAUUCAGGAGCUUAUGAAAGGUGAGAAGAUAAUUGAUAGUAAAAAAGGUGCAACCUCAUUUGUUGCAAAAGUUCCCGAAAAGAUUUUUUGCAAACUAGCCCAGUCAAUUAUUUGAAGUUUUUGCAGAACUGCAAUAAAACUCAGAAGUUCAAGGGUAACUACUUGUUAAUUGCAUUUCUUAUUGACCCUUCAACUCCCAUGAGUGACCAAGACACAAUUUCUCCUUACAACAUUUAUACAAUAUCAACCAGAUAAGUAAUGAGAAUAAAGAAAAAUAUCUAUUUGGGGAUAAUUAGUUGAUCCAGUACUGAAUUCCCUGAAAUAAUGUUAUAAGAAUUGUAUGGUUGAUGGUAAGGAGAACUACAAAUUUGAUCUGGGAGUUAAAGGGUCAAAUAAAUGUUCUAUUAAUCCCUUUACCAGUCUUAUCUGUCUCUUUUUUGCCAUUCAGAGCUUCAAAUUUUUUACUAAGCAUCCCUCCCUCUAUUAUGCGCCCCACCCACCAUUCCAAUGCAAGAAUUCCAGUCUCCUACAAGCCUUCCCCUUUCUCUCCUAUCUGUCUUUCCAUCCCCAUUCAGAGCUUGGAGUUUCUGAUAAACCAACCUCCCUUUAUAUUUUGAUCCCUCUACUAUUAAAUCCUUCAAGGUUCUAAAGAGCCUCUGUUAUCCCCCCUCCUCCUUUUCUACAACUUGAAACUUUAGUAAGCCCUUUACACCUUAACAUCAGUAUUCAUAUUCUCCUUACUAUCCUGUACAUAUUUCCUAAUGUUCUGAAAGGGAGAAUUUAUUUCACAAUCAAGAGCUUCUCUAGUUGGUGAUCAUUUCCUAUUUUCUUGCAACCUCAACCAGUGAUUUUGGGGAGAUAUUGUAAGGAGAAAUUAGAUGGUGGUCACUCUUAGGGGUUAAAGGGUUAAUGAAAAAAAUUCCUGGGUAAAGUAAUAAUGCUUUGGUCAUGUUGAAGUAUUAUCAGUUCCAAAUUAAACAAUUUUUACUCAAAGUAGCAAAAUCAUUUUAUGUUUUAGCGAAUGUUCUGAUUUAUAUGUCACAUGUCAAGUAUUUGCCGAUGGUCAACCACUAUGUCUUCCUACAAGAACAUCUUAUAAACCAUUCAGUACAAGAUGGAAGUAAGUACUAAGAAGAGAUGAUAAUCAAUAUAAAGUUAGUCAAGAUCAGUUUUCAAUUGAGUGUGGAAGGUAAUCCAUGAUUGCUUUGGUUUUGCUUUCUUUGCUCUGUGAUCCAGAAAACUUGUUCUACCCUCUCAACCAAUUAGAUUCAAAACUUAAACUAAUUGUGAUUCAAUCCUUUGCAAUUCUCUGCAAAAAUGAGAAUUUGGCAUUAGGUGAAGAUAACUUCUUCUUGAUAAGUUUGAGUUUUCUCAUUACAUGUUUGCUGGAUGAUGUAUGGUUAUUAUGAGGGUGAAGUUACAUGUUAAUCACCUCGGGGAGUUUAAGGGUUGAACAACCAUCCACUAUCUUUUAAAUAUUAUGAACCUUUUUUUAUACCACUGAGUUGGGAAAACAUUUUGAACUUAUAUUGUAGACUUAAUUAUUGUAUUAUGUGAGUAAUGUUAUUUGGCUAUUGUGAAGUAUGCAAAAUAAAAAUUAUAAUGUCAUACAAGAAACAAAAUUGCUCAAAUUGGAUGAACUUUGUAUUUUGUUUUCUAGAAACAAACAUAUUAACAUUCUACAAACAAUUUUUUUUAGUUGGAAUGAGUGGCUCAAGUUGCCCAUCAAAUACCCUGAUAUUCCUCGCCAUGCGCAAGUGUGUUUUACAAUCUGGGAUGUGUAUGGUCCAAGGAAAGCCAUCCCAGUUGGUGGAACAACUGUUUCGCUUUUUGGUAAAUAUGGGUAAGUUCACUGUAUCUCAUUACCUUGGAAGGGGAAGGUGAAAUGGGUGACUUUGUAGACAGGAAAGUGAAAAAGAGGCAGGGUUUGGUCCAGAUGGAAUUAUUUGGUCAGAGUUCCAAACAUCUACUUUCCCAAAGUCUUCUUGGUGGUUUACCUGCCUUUACCAGUUUAACAUUGUUAACCAACUAAUGUAAUCAAUAAAAAAUUGUCAAAUAUUUGCAAAAAAUACUUUGUGUCUGGUAAGACACAGGGUUUUGUAUUGGCCAAGAGAAUCUUGAAUACUUUUGGAAAUUUUUAAGCAAACUUGUUGAGCAUCGAUUCCACUCUAAGUCCUGUUGAAAAUUCUUCAAAUUCAAGAUAUUAGCAGUCUGGCCCUCUAUCACAGAAGGAUUCCCAGCCACACAUUUGCCUGUUACAAUCUAUACAAUAAGAAUUAUCAUAUGGUAAUUUUCUUAUUUGCCUGCUUACACUGCAUAACAGUUUCCUUAGAUAUUUAUAAUUUCCUGUAGUGGAUGGCUAUCAAGGAGAACUAGAAAAGCACAGAAAGUCAUUUGGCACUCAGCUUUAAAAUACUCUUUUCUAUUUGCAACACGAUGGUAACUCAUUUGAAUUUGUAUACAGGACUCAGCGCCGUGGCAUGCAUGAUCUAAAGGUGUGGCCUGGAGUAGAAGCUGAUGGCCAAAGGCCAACCUCCACUCCAGGAAAGUCUACUACCGGUGAAGAUCAAAUGAGCAGGCUAGCUAAGGUAAUUAUUGAGAAGUGAUUUGAAGAGAUUAAUUAAAAGUGUUUGUUUUGACACAUUGCUAUAUGCUUGCCUUUAGCAAAUCACUAUAAUUAUAAUAUUUUAUUCAACCUCAUUCACUAAGGAUUAUCAAAUUUGUUAUCACUACUUUAAUCCAACAAUCCAAGUAUCAGAGUCCUUAACCCUUUAACCCCUAAGAGUGACUAUCGUAUAAUUUCUCCUUACAAUAUCACCCUUGAAUCACACACAUAGGUUAUGAGAAUAAAAGAAACGAUCACCAACUAAGGAAGCUCUUGAUUGUUAGACAAAUUCUCCUUGUCAGUACCUUAAAAAAUGUGCUGAGAACAGUAUGGAGAAUAUGCAUACUGACCUUAGGGUGUAAAGGGUUAAGGCUAUGGCUUCUAGGUAGUCAUUCUCAUUAUAACCUCUUUGUAAAUUUUCCUCUUCUCUUCACAUGGCAACAGCUAAGUAAGAAACAUCACAAGGGUCGAAUGCUCAAGGUGGAUUGGUUGGACCGCCUCACUUUCAGAGAAAUUGAAAUGGUGAAUGAGGUGAGAUUUUCCCUAAGGAAUCUCUACUUUGUAGCAUUAUUUUCAAAGCCUAUCAUAGAAUUGGAAAGUUUUCCUUUUACACAUAAAUGUGUAAGAGUAAUUGGCAUCUAAUUUCUCCCUACAGUGUCACUGUUGAAUCAAACAUUGAGGUCAUGUGAAUAAAGGAAAUGAUCACAAACUAAGAAAGCUCUUGAUUGUUAAAAAAAUUCUCCAUAUAUGUUGGCACCAUAGAAAAUAUAUGGAGAACAGUAUGGAGAAUAUGCAUACUGAUGUUAGGGUGUAAAGGAUGGAUUAAAUGAGUGGGAUAACAAGAUCACUUUAAAAUGACUUCUAUAUUUCAACAAACUCACUCUUAGAGAGAAACUGGUAGGAUCAAAUAUCAGAAACUAAUUUCACAUCUGUAUGAGUGGAAUUUGAAUUCUGUCAUUUGCGUAAACAUUCAUGGUUAUUCUAGGUGCAUGUUACAUGAUUAAAUGUUUUAAUACAAAUAGUAAAAAAUUCUUGGUUUUGUUUCUUUGCAGAGGGAAAAGCGAAACUCCAAUUUUAUGUUUCUAAUGAUCAAGUUUCCUCGGGUCCACUCUGAUGGCUUAGAGUAUUCUGUGGUUCAUUUUGAAAAGGUGAUUGGUUGACUGUCAUCCCUAUUGUAACCAAUAAAUUAAUAACUUGAAAAUGCAUAUUAAGUAUAUUUACUCUUACACAUUCAUAACACAAACAGACUAGGGCCACAUCACAUCUUCGAGUAACACCUGCUCUUUGAUGGUUUGUGUGCUGGUUAGAUAAGACUCAACCAGUUAUUUUAAAUCCAUCAUGUGGAAUUACCAUGAAAUUAUGAUAAAAUCUUAUGUGAUUUUCAUUCAAGAAAUAUAAUGUUUGAUCAUAAAUAUUUUACUCUGAGAGUGUGAUUAUGUCCUCUUAUAAAACAGCUGGUGAAAAACAACUUAAUGUUUCAGAAUAAUGCAAAGUUGUUCUCAUUAUUAAUUCACGGUUCUCUGUAAUUAUUUUCUCUUUCCUUGAAGUAAAGUCUGACAAUACUGCUCCAUUUUGAAUUAUUAUGCUUCUUCAGUUUCUACCCCAUGCUGCUAUAUUGUUGUAUUUUACCAGUUUUCAAAGGUAAAAUUUUUAAACAGAGAUACUCACCCAAGCUGAGUUUCAGUUUUUUUAUGUUGGUUUGAUCAUGUUUAUAUUCACCCAUGGGAAUAAGUUGCAUCACAGCUUUGAUCAAACCUUCUGAUCAAGAAUUAUUAGAUUCAGAUGCUCAGGUAAUCUUCUUUUAGACAAUAUGUUUUCUGGUUAAGUUGUGGAAUCACAAAGAACAUGAUUAAGAACAGAAAUAUUUAGUUUCAAUAAGAAUGAAGUUGGUUAACUACUUAACAUAAUAUAAUUCACUCUCAUCAUGUGAAUAGUGAAUGGAAAAUAUUUAUAUAUAAACCACAUAUUUAAAUAAGUGACUUUCACUGGCACAGUUUCUUUAAAUGUUAAUUUAAAACUCUAGCCUUUUUUGCUACCGUUAAAAUCAAACAUGUAAGAACCUUAGCUGAUAAACUGGGCCCAAUUGUUUGAGGGCUGAUUAGCGCUAACCUAAGAUAAAAUUUUGAUCCAGGUUUCCUUAUUCAUUUGUUCAAAAGCCUUCUUGGAAUUAUUUUCUCUUUUUCUUAAUGGAGCAUCCAAUCAUCAAAUUGUAAACAUUUAAUGAAUUAUACUGAAUUUUCUUUUUAAAGCUUUUUGAUCUAAAAUCAUGUUUAACACUCUCCCAGGUUUAUCUUAACCCAGCUUUGAACAACCUGGCCCUGGUUUUUUUUUUUUAUUUUUAGGCCUCCUCAUUGACCCUUUUCUUCUCUUGUCUCAGGACGCCGAUGACAUUGAUUAUGUCUGUACUCAUCCAGAGAUUGUGAGAGUUCCUGAUCCGGAAAUUCUGUUGGUAUUGAAAUGUUGUUUUUAGGUUUCCACUUGGCUUUAUCUGUGGACUACCCUUCCCAUUAACUACUUGCUUUUCAGAAAAAAGGCUAACUUUUUCUUUUUCUGAAGUCAAGUUUGCUUCCUUUGAUUUAGGAUAACCUUGUUGAACUAAAACAUCACAAGCUCGUUAGAAGUAUAAGAAGUGGAACAGUUUCAAGAGAGCUUAAACCAAAUGCAAAAACCAGGGAUCAGUUAAAUGUAUGGACCAAGAUAUUUGUUUAUUUUUGUUAUAAUGAAUGCAUAAUCUGAAGGUGUUCUGUCUUUUUACUGUUGGCAGCCAAAUGAAUUUAACUGCCACUCACUGACCAUAAAAUGUAUCCUAAUUUUUUUGGAGUGCUUUGUUACCCCUACCCUACCCCACCCCACCCCUCCUUAAUUUUCAUCCAUUUCCCCUUAGCUUACAAUUUGCUAGUAAAUAAUUUAAAAUUAAUCAGUGAAGAAAUGAGACAAAAUAGGAAUUUACGUAUAGCACUUCUACAAGGUUUGUGGAGGACUUGCUGUCCUAAUAGUUAGCACUUUUAACUCUUGGUCAAGAAAUGCAGGUUUGAGACUUGGUUGGGAUAUUGUGUCAUGUUUUGGGGCAUAAAACUUUAUCCUCACAAUGCCUUUCUCUACUCAGGAGUAUAAAUAAGUACCAGAUAGCUUUCAGUAAAACCUGUUAAAAUGUUGGGGUGUAACUAGGGAUGUUCUAGCAGCCCAUCCAGGGUUAGCAAAAAUACUCCCAGUCAAUUCAUGCCUUAGAGACCAAGAUGAGCUCAAGCACCUUGUGGGCCACUUAUCUCUACUGUUAAAUUUACCUACCAAUGCUCAACCUUAGACCAUUUGAUUUGAGCACAUCACACUGACAAUGCCAAUGUCAACUAAUUUUUGAAACUUUAAUGUGUAAUAUAUCUAAUUACCCAAAAUUGAAUGACUCUUCUUUCUUUCAGCAAAUUGUGGGUUAUCCUUCUACCAAAGUGCUCACAUCAGAAGAGAAAGAUUUAGUGUGGCAGUUCCGAUUUUACCUCACUAAUCAGAAAAAGGUGACAUGUGGAUAUUAAACCAGUAAAAGUUAUUUUGUUUGACAAAUGAACUUGUAAAUGGAAUCAAAAGGAUAUUAUAAUACCUGAGCUAUUUUCCUUUAAUUUCCAGGCAUUGACCAAGUUUCUUAAAUGUGUGGAUUGGACUCAGCCACAGGAAGCCAGACAGGUGUGAAUUAGUUUCCUUAACUUGAGUGUACAGGAAGAGCAAUUUAAAGUAACUAUUUGAAAUUGUACUCAUACUUCUUUGAAAUCAAUUUUUUUUAGUCUUUUAUUUGUACUUACCAAUAGAGGUUGCACAAAGGGGUAAAAUGGCAAGGGGGGGGGGGGCACUCACCUCUUGCUGGUGUGGCCUGGGUUUGGUUUUGCAGAGCUGGCAUCACAUGUACAUGUGGGUUGAGUUUGUUGUUGGUUCAUGUGCUUGCUUUGAGGGUUUUUCUCUGGUGCCUCUGGUUUUCCUCCUUCCACAAAACCAACAUUCCAAAUUCCAAUUCAACCAGCAAGCAGUGGAAAAGAAGAGCCACCUAGUGGAAUGUCCAUUGCUGAGUUCCCAUUUAUUUAUUUAUUUUAUUUAAUAGAGAUAAAAAAGAUGGGGAUCAAAACUUAACAAAAACUAACUUCUGAUUUAAUAGUUCCAUCAAUGAAUUUUACAAAAGCCAAUUAAGAGAUCUUAGCACUAACAAUAUUUAAUUGUUCUGCUCUUCAGGCUCAAGAACUUUUAGGAAAGUGGAACCCAAUGGAUGUUGAAGAUGCUUUGGAGUUGUUGUCCUCUCAGUUUACCAACAGAGCAGUCAGACAGUAUGCUGUCUCAAGACUGAAGGAGGCCAAUGAUGAUGUAAGGGGUUACAUGCUGAUCAGCACACAUGAAGUGUCAUUUCUCUGUGUGUGCAUUUAUCAUGGGACUUGGUUGGCAUGGCUGCAGGACUGUAUGUUAACUAAGAAUGUCAAUGUUGUGAAAUGUAUUUCAAUGAAGUUGUGACUGUGUGACUGGAUUAUUGAUAGACUUUACAACACCAACUUGUAGAGAAAUUGGGACAGACUGAUGAACUGUUUGACUAAGUGACUGACUGACUUACAAAUCAACUGACUGUUGUGUGAUUGAUUGAUCGAUUAUUGAUCAUCCAAAACCAUUUUUUAAUGAUAAUACAUGUAAUCAAGGCCUGUUUGAUAAUUUAAUAGGACUUGCUGCUCUAUCUUCUCCAACUUGUCCAAGCAUUGCGUUAUGACGCUCUAUCAGAUGAGGAAGAAAAACUUACUGAGAACACUGUUGAUAGUCUGCUCCAGGACAACACUGAAAGUCAAACAGCAGAGACAAUACCAACACAAGGUAGUAAAACAAUUCAAUAAAUAAAUACAAAAAGUACAAUUGGUCAGGUAAUCACAAGGCAUUUAUGUAUAUGUCUCUCUUCCAUCAGAUGCUGAAGGUAUCGCAAUAGUCAAAGAUACUGAAGAGGUUAGAAAAUGGAAGAUAUUUUCCAUACAUAAAUAAUUACUUUCCUUUGGCAAGAAUAUGCUCAAAUCUUGGUUUACAGAAAUGAUAUGAAGGGAAAAACAAACCAUUUUCCAAGCCAGAGCAAAGCUCAAGGAGAACUUUAAAUUUUGUGGGACAGACAAUUUCCUGAGAGAAUAUUUUAAGCCAAAUGGAGGCUAUUUGAAAUAUAUUUUUGAAGCAUGUUUACAAACACAUGAUAAUCUAAGGUUUUUCCCAGUAUAGUGACUUAGUGCAAAUUAUUAAUAGUUUUCCUCUUUUUGUUUACCAACAUGAAAACAUUCUACCCACUUGAAUAGUUUCUAAGUAAGACUCACACAGCCUCUGAUGGUUUGAAUACUGGUUAGUAAUUCAAGUGUUCCCUGUAGAUAGGCAUGAGAGUGGUCUAUAAUGAUUGAUUUUUACAUUGACUGAAGUCUUGAAUCUAUCAUCUAGGGUUCAGAUUUGGCCUCAUUCCUCAUUUUGAGAGCCUGCAGAAGUGACACCCUAGCAAACUAUUUUUAUUGGUGAGGCAAUCCUACAAUGUAAAUAUAAUUUAAAGGGGAACAUAUUUGCUAAUUUUUUUUUUUUUUUUAACAUAAAUGGCAAUAAACCUAGGGCAAGAUGAACUUGGAAUACAUUUCAGUAGGCAAGAUGAGCCAUGGCAGAGAUAAGGAACUUAUUUACAACAGUUGUUCACAUAGAACUUGAUCAGACUUGACAGGUGCUUCUCUUUCCUGUCAAAUCCAAUUCUAUAUCUCAGGGACUUAUCUUUAUUGUUGGGAAGGGUGUAACAGGGUGAAUGUUACACUGCUCUUUGAGAGGAAAAAUUUUUAAUAUUUGACAAUAAAUCAACCUGCCAAGCUGAUUUCCUUAAAGAAAAAAUAGUGAUGGUAUAUGUUCUUGUACCACUAAAAGUGUAAACUUUUAAUUUAUUAAUUUUUUCUAAUAGAUUAAAUAUUUUUUCUUGUCAAUUUUUUUUUAGGUAUUUAUAUGUUGAAUGUAAUGAUGGAAAGGACACAAAGGAAGGAGAAAUGUAUUUAAAUGUGAUGAGGAGAUUUAGUCAGGCAUUGAUGAAGGUUUGUACAACUCGUACUUACUUCAUGAAUAAAUAACUAACUUAAAGAUCUCUUUUUUUUUUGUUAUGGGAGACAUGAUGGCGGGGUGAUCAUGCUGGAAUCUGGGUUGGGAGGUCUGGGUUAAAAUUUACCUGAAGGAGUAACCGACAAGAAAUUUCUUCAAACAGUAUUAUCACAUAUUAUUAUCAAUAUCGUUAUGGGGAAAUUCUUUGAUAAAACACCAAACUCUCAUAGCUCAUAUUCUUAGGAAAAGCAUAGCUAACAGUGCAGAGAGUUGAUGUGUAGAUGUUGGGAGUGAAAGGGUGGACCCUUACACUGCCUCCCUCCACCCAGGAGUACAAAUAUGUACCAGUUGGUGAACUGUCAGGGAAGGCUGAUGAAAUGCUUCAAAGAACUCUGCAAUGAAUCAGCAAGCCAUUCAUAGGGAGUAUCAAUACUUCUAGUUUCUUCAGAUCUGCAGAAGGCAAGGAAGCUGUGGAAACUGGGAUAUAUUUUGGCAUUGUUGGCUAUAAGCUUGAGAGCAGAAAUCUUUUUUUUAGGCUUGGUAUGCUAGCAGAAUCAACAAUUUAGAUGAUUAUGGCUGUUGAAGUAGUUGUUUUCUCCUUUGUUCCAGGGUGGGUGGGAGUGCACAGUUAGGCGGAACAUGUUGGGCAAACAACAGCAAUUUGUCAACCAUAUUGUCAGACUCAUGAAGGAGGUUUCACAGUUUGGGGGUGGUCGCAACAAAAAGGUUAGUCUCAUUGAAUGGGAUACAAGACAUAUAAAUUAUGAUCAAUUUUCUGCAGCAUAGGGAUGUACAAACUAAACAAAUUAUUAGAACUUGAAAUCAUUUUGGACUGACAGAAAAUAUUUUAGACUUCAAGAACUUUAAAAGAAACAAUUUGCAUCCCUCAUAGCAUUUUCUCCACCAACAGACUCUCCAUUGAAAGCAUUCAUAUUAAAUUUAACAAUUUAAAUUUUUUUCCCUUUUCAAUAGAUACACAGAUUAAGAGACCUGCUUGAUGUUCCUGAGUUGACUUCAUUUGGACCAAUACCUCUCCUUCUUGAUCCAGAAAUCAAAAUCAAGGGAAUCAUAGUUGGAACUCCAGAGGACAGUAUGUGAAUAUUUUUAAGAAAUCAGUGACUUGCUUUUCCUUUUUGUUUUAAUAUUAAAAUGCGUAACUUUACUGAUGUUUGCCCUUUUUUUCUGUUUAACUUUCUGCAAAAGAAGGACUCUGAUUAAAAAUUUCUGACUGAAUAAGAAUCUAUGAGGAGAGCAGGAAUGGCACAGUGGUGGAAGUGCUCACCUCCAACCACAUGUUGGUUUAGUUUGUUCUUAGUUCUUGUCCUCACUCUGAGGGUUUUUCUUAGGGUCCUCCAGCUUUUCUCCCUCCACAAAAACCCACAUUUUAAAUUCCAAUUUGACCUAGAAACAGUAGACAAGAAGACCCACCUAGUGGAAGGUCCAUUGCUAAAUCCAAUUUAUUGUUAAUGUAUUGUUUUUAUUAUUCCCAUUCCCAUUUAUCUGAGCAAGGAACAAAACACUCAGUUCCAUUUUAUUUCAUCUAUUCCAGAAAAAGCCUGGCUUUUCAAGAGCCACCUCAUGCCUUGUAAACUCACAUUUCUUACAUUGGAUGAUCGAGAAUAUGUGGUUAGUGUGGUUACAAACCUGUAAGCAAAAUCUUAACAAAAUAGUUAUAUUGGAAAAAAAAAACAUAAAGCAGAACUGGCAGCAAUCAAUUUUAGGGUUAGUAAUAUUUUUGAAAGUUUGAUCAUUCAUUUAAGGAACAUCAUAACCUCAAAGCAAUGUGAUUUCCAUCUGUUAUGAACUCUGCAAUGGUGUUUUUAAAGAUAAAUGUAAGUUUUUCAAAGAGAAAGCUGGUUAAAUACUUCAGUACUCCAUUUGAAUCUAGACCCUAUUACUUUAAAGAGUCAAACUAGAGAGAAACCUCUGUGCAAGUCUAAUUUCAUGGGCUGAAACAACUGACAGAUAUCUUUUUAUCAACCAUCACUUCUACCUUCUGUUGAUGAACAAAUUUCAUCAAUUUCAUGUUAAACUUAAACAAUCCUAUGUCCUGUUUGGUGUGGAGAAUAAAAUUAUUGUUUUGUUGAUCACCGCUUUUUUCUUACCAGACAAUUUUCAAGAAUGGUGAUGACUUGCGACAAGAUCAGUUGAUUCUUCAGAUUAUAAGGCUCAUGGAUAAGGUAUGCACAAUUGCUUUGUGUACCACAAUAAAACUUGUACAAUUCAUUGCAACCCAGCUAUAACUUGAAAUUUCUUCACUCUAUGAUAUUUUUAUUGUACUGCAGCUCUUAAUGAAAGAAAACUUAGAUCUGAAAUUGACUCCAUACAAGGUGCUGGCAACAAGUGGAAGCCAUGGUCAGUCCCUCCUCACAUGAUUUCUCUGUUGCUGCUUUUUUUCUUUUUUCUUUUAGCUAUGCUUUAGCAGUUGUUUAGUUGAUGUCAAGGAAAGAGAAAGUAUUCACUUUACAAUCACCUUCUAAAUCUCAAAAAGUUAUGUACCUGUACGUAUUAAGUUCCAGAAUGUGAGAAGAAAUAUUGAUGGGCUUGGGUUUGCAAUCCCAAGAAGAAAAACAGAUGGCCCCCAUGUCUUUUUUUUCUUAAAGAAUGUUUGCUGGGAUUUUAAAAAAAAUUAAGUUACAAUUGAAUGUGAAUGCAGGAUUUUUAAGUUAAGAGAUUAAACCUAAUAAUAAUCAUGUUAAAAGAGAUUUCUUAAAAGAUAAAACGGUAAAAACGAAAACGAUAAAAUCCGACGUUUCGGAGUAAUCAUGACUCCAUUAUCAAGGUAAAAGUUUAAAACAUGCAAAUAACAGUAUUUAAGCGAUGUGGCGCGAAAAAUUAACAUAAUAGGUGCGAAGAUUAUACAAAUACUUUUGCACGAAUAGAGUCCGAUUGCACGUUCAGGUUUGGCUUUAAAGUUCUUAUAUGAAGCAUUUCGUACAAUAAGCAGUCAAAUUUGUUCCUGCACUUCUUAAGAACUUCGAAGCAUUUCAGUAGGUCCUGAGGGAUCAUCGUGUACGUUCUUGCAAUGUUUGGCAAUGGCUGAGGACUGUUGUUUAUGUCCUUUUACACGAUUGUGUAAAUGUCCGCAUGUGUAUCCUAUAUAACCUGCAUCGCACAGGUCACAUUGGUAUUUAAUUUUUCGCGCCACAUUGCUUAAAUACUGUUAUUUGCAUGUUUUAAACUUUUACCUUGAUAAUGGAGUCAUGACUACUCCGAAACGUCGAAUAAUCAUGUUGUAUGAACAAAUGGUUAAUAUUUAAUUUUCUUCAACCCUUUACACCAUAACAUCAGUAUCCAUUUUUUCCAUGCAUUUGUCCAUGCAUUUACUUUUGUACUUAUCAUUUCCUUUAUUCUCAUGAUCUUGAUGAAUGAUUUAGCUGUGUGACUGUGUGGAGAGGUUAGAUGUUGAUCACUUAGGGUUUAAAGGGUUUAUCUGCAUCUUAGGUGUAAUCCUAGAGCAGUUGCUAGGGUAUAUAUCAAUGCAAGUAUUACUUUUUUCAUGCAUUACUGUUGUUGUUUUUCAGGCUUUGUGCAAUUCAUAGAAUCCACUCCUAUAGCAGAAAUUCUGGAUAAAGAUGAGGAUAGAAGUAUACAGGUAUGGAAAAAAGAUUUGUAACCAGCAACUCUGCCUAAUAGGAUGUGCCUAUUCCUUCAGCAGUGAAAACCCCAAUAAUACUUUAUAUGCAGUUACUAUGAUCUAAAAUAAUUGAAAGAAAUAUAUCUUGAUAGUCUAAGUGACAACUUUUCCUUGUGCAGAACUACUUUCGCCGGCAUGCCCCUUGUGAAAGUGCACCACUAGGAAUCAGCCCAGAGGUGAUGGAUACUUAUGUUAAAAGUUGUGGUAAGUCUGCAUAGUGAACUAGCUUUAUGACUUCCAGAGCUAAUCCUUGUUCCUGUCUGUUCUGUAGCCUGAAAUAGCAAGAUGUGUCACUGCUUCUUCCCAAUGAGGUGCUGGUCCAUCAUAAGCCCCCCUUCCAUCCCCCCUCUCCCCUCCCCCAUCCCCUGCAACCCAAUAAUUUCAUCAGGUUUUCUAAUACCCAUUCUUACUCCCAAAUGGAAGGAGGUGACCUUGUGACCGCUAGAAAGGAAUGCAUGUAGCUAGCUUAGUUUCAAACCCAAAUUUUCAAUCAGAGCCUUUUGUGCCUGAUUAUUAAGCCUCUGUUUCUUCUACAACCAUGUCCAAAUACAUAAAACAGUCAUUGAUAACCUUUGGAUUAAAGAGCACCACUCUUAAACAAUCUUUAAAAUAAUACUGAUUUAAUAUUCUGACCAAAGUUUAUUUUCUUUAACCUUAAGCUGGCUAUUGUGUUAUUACAUACAUCUUGGGUGUAGGAGAUAGACAUCUGGACAAUUUACUUCUCACGAAAUCAGGUAAUUACCAAAUGAAUACAGUUCCUAAAAAUUUGAUGCUAAGUUCUAUAGAAAAAGUGACUGUUUUAAUUGCAAACUACAUGUAGAAUUGAUCGAUUGUUUUCUUUAUUGUUAUUCUCAGGAAACCUAUUUCACAUUGACUUUGGUUACAUUCUUGGAAGAGAUCCUAAGCCACUACCACCACCAAUGAAACUGAGCAAAGAAAUGGUAAAAUAAAAAUCAUCACCUCAUCCUCUCUAUGAUCAUUAUUACUGCUAUAAUUUCUCUUUUGCAAUAAUUCAUUUGAAAAAGGUUGCACAUCUUCAAGCUUCAAAUUAUAAUUGCCACAAUGUAGUAUAAUUAUAAUAAAUUAUUAUAUAAACAUUUGAAAAGUGUUAUUACUUUUUUUCAUUUAACUUUAGGUGGAAGGUAUGGGAGGAGCAUCCAGUGAGUUUUACCAGACAUUCAGGAAACAAUGUUUCACAGCUUUUCUCCACUUGAGGAGGUAAAAACAUUUUUAUUGUCUUAAGUAGCUAAAAAACUGCAUGCAAAUUAAAAUCUGUUAUCCAGAUGUCUAUAAGCAACAAAGUAUUUAUUUUUCCCCUAUUUGGUCAAGUGGAAGGUGAAUGAAAAUUCAUGCAGGAGAAAUCAUUCAAUGCGGCUUACAAAUGGAAUGUUCUUAUUUCUUUCAGGCAUGCGAACUUGAUUCUGAACUUGUUUUCUCUUAUGGUGGAUGCAAAUGUACCAGAUAUAGCAUUAGAGCCUGACAAAACUGUGAAAAAAGUAAGUAUGCAUCUUGAUUUCAAGAGAUCAUACAGAUUCUGGAUCAAUAUCAGUAUCUGGGCAACUGCCCACCUACCCCUCCCCUAACCCAACAACAGUCUAUUGUUAACAAGUUAGCAUCAAUGUUGGGUUAGGGGAGGGGUAGGUGGGCAGUUGCCCAGAUACUGAUAUUGAUCCCAGAUUCCAAGAAGAUUUAAACUUGAAAAUGAAUUAGACUGCACAAUAGUUAGUUGCAGUCAAUGAAGGCAACUUUAUUUCCAGGAGUAAUGUAAAAUUCAGGGUGUUAAAAUUGUUUCCUCCUUAAUUUCCGAGUUGAAUGUGAUUACUUGUAACAUAAUCUGACAUAGACAUUCAAUGUUACAAAUUUUAAUUAAUUUCUUUUUUUCGAAAUGUUAGGUUCAGGACAAAUUCCGUUUGGACCUAAGCGAUGAGGAAGCUGUACAAUACUUGCAGUCACUAAUUGAUGAAAGUGUAACUGCCAUGUUCCCAGUUGUGGUGGAACAUAUUCACAAGUUUGCUCAGGUUAGUUCCUUCAAUUUACUAUAAGUUUUCAUUGACAAUUUUUCCUGACAGUGUUUCUUAGACCAUUGGCAAGUUGGCAACAUGUGUUCUCUACUUGGAAUGAACACUUAAUUUUCAUGUCAUGAUAUAUUUUGUUGUUAUCAGUGUCCUUUAGUCUUUUGUGUGUGUAUCUUCAUAGAUUAUCACCUAGACUUUAGUUGUGGAUUGAUCAGCAAGAUGUUUUUACUUUAAUCUGUACUGAUCAGUUCCCCAGAAGUACAUUAUUGAUGUCUUUGGCAUAGAUUCUCUAAUUAAAGAAUACACUCCUGUACUAAGAUGUAGCCUCUAUAAAUCCAUUUGCAGUAUUGGAGAAAAUGAAGUUGGAUUACUUGUGUAAGCAGAUGGUAGAUGACACUCAAACUUUAACUGUGUUAUUCAAGUACAUUCAGCCACUGGUCCAGAGCAAGAAAUAAUCAGAAGAGUAAAAAUUUUGGGGAUAUGAAACAGACUACAAAUCUAGCAUACCUUCAUUGUAAUGCAUUUCAUAAAUAUUGUAAUUUAUAAUGAUAAAACAAUAUAUUUUAUUAAGAAUAGCAUCCACGAAAGUGUCUUUUGUUGUGCCAUACAUGUAUUAGCUCUGUUUUUGUUCAAUUUAUUAAUUCACCCAGAGAUUAAUUGUUAAAUGAAUUCUCCAUCUCAGCACCUUACAAAAUGUGUGGAGAACAGUUUAGAGAAUAUGCAUACUUAGUGACUAGCAUCUAAUUUCUCCUUACAAUAUCACCCCCCUGCCCAUCAUGGUUUUGCCCAGGUUACUGAGUUCUUUUAAAAAUGGUCAUGCACUUAACAUAUUUUGAAGUGAGUAUCUGUGAACUAGGUUGUAGUUUGAAAUUCAUGCACAAUAUUUGGAUUGCUUAAAGAGUAAAUAAA